UUGCCCAUUCUCAGUUUCCUAGAAUUUGUAACAUGGAAGCUUGGUGAUUUUGAUAAAGGUUUAUAUCGAGUAAACAAAAGAUGUUGCCUGUUUGCUCUGCCACUCCAAGUUGUUCCCCUCAUUCUCAGUUUUAAAGAACAGAAUUUGAAGCACCCGAGUGAAGUCUUGCAGAUUCCAUUACAUGGAGGUCUGCAACCAUUUUGCUCAGUCUGGAAGGAUAUCGAGUCCAGAUUUUAUGUAGAAGACAGGGUACUUUUGGGGAUGUCAAAUGGAACACAUUCCCAAAGAAUGUCCUUCAAAACACAAGCUGUCAAGUCUUUCUACUCCAGUUUUGUUGAAAGCAAUGAACAGUCAAUAUCCUUGGCUUUCAUUAAUGAUCAUUCCUGCCCAAAUGAAUUAGGCGACAUUAAAUGCAAGUUUUAUAAUGAUUGGAUUUCUUCAGUUGGAGCAAUAGAUGAACUGCACCCUAUGGGAGGAGGGGGGAAACUGAAAUCUUUUGAAAGUUAUAACAUAGCUGAUGUUGAAGAGGAACUUAUGGACUCUACAGACCAGUUAACUGAAAACACAGAUAGUGUUAUAGGACUUGUGGAGCCCCAAACAACAUCAAGUAUCGAUAUAACACCAGAGAAACCCAGCUUGGGGUCUGAAUCCUUGGAAAUGGAUAGUGAUUCAUUAUCUAGUGCGAAGACUAGUUUGGAUGGUUUAUUGGGCGGGUUUAAGGACUCCAUCAAUACUUCAGUAAAUCAGGGAGAAAAUGCCGUGCAAAGCUCACUAAACACAAUUACUACUUCAAUAACCUCCAUUAAGAAAAGUGCUUCAGAAACAGCUGAUAGUGCCUUGAGUAAAGUAUUCUCAACUUUCAAUCAAACAGGAGAACUGGCUGGGGAUAGAUUAACUAGCUUUUCAACUGAUUUGAGGGAAGCCAUAAAAAAAACUACUGGCGCUUCUGUUGAAGUGCUGAGAGGUGCAAUUGUUGCAGUUGAGGAAUCUAUAGUAAAAGGGGCUUCUUUUGUUGUUUAUUCUUAUGGGUCUGCCAAGGAAUUGCUUCCUCCAGAGAUCAGGGGUGCUUUGAAUCUGUCUGAAGAAAGGGCAACAAAAAUAUUGAGGCCAAUUGGUUCAACUUUUCAACAGGUUUACAUUGCUAUCGAGGGGCUAGAAAAAAGCCUUGGCUUGGAUCCAAAUGAUCCAGUUGUACCUUUUGUUCUUUUCCUUGGAACCUCAGCCACUUUGUGGGGUUUUUAUUGGGUGUGGGCAUUUGGUGGUUACUCUGGAAAUUUGUCUCCACAAUUAACUCUGAAGCUCUUGGCAGAGAAGGGAGACACCAUACUCAUUGAUGUCCGGCCUGAGGUUCUUAGAGAAAGAGAUGGCAUUCCUGAUCUUCGGCGAGCUGCCCGGUUUCGCUAUGCAAGUGUAACUCUACCACAGGUUGAUGGCCCAGUAAGGAAGCUGUUAAAGGGUGGAAAAGAUCUUGAUGACACCCUAAUUGCUGCAGUCAUUCGUAACUUGAAAGCUGUACAGGACAGGUACCAGGUAAUAGUUAUGGAUGCUAAUGGUUCUCGUUCUAAAGGCAUUGCAAGAUCCUUGAAAAAGCUUGGGGUUAAGAGACCAUACGUGGUCCAAGGUGGCUUCCAGUCUUGGGUAAAGCAAGGUCUCCGUGUCAAGGAGCUCAAACCUGAGACAGCACUAACUAUACUUAAUGAGGAGGCUGAGGCAAUUCUAGAAGAAAUCAGACCUUCACCAGUGCAAGCACUUGGAUAUGGUGUGGGUUUUGCUGCAGCAUCAUACGCAUUGCUAGAGUGGGAGAAGACCUUACAAUUUAUUGCCAUUGUUGGCCUCGGUCAGACUAUUUAUCGGCGGGUUGCUUCUUACAAUGGCCCAGAAGAUUUUAAGCAAGAUAUGAGGCUUUUGCUCUCCCCUGUUAGAGUUGGAGCUCAGGCAUUUUCGUGGGCUACUGGAAAAUUAGAAAACAACCGCCUUGGACUACCCACAUCACCUUCGUCUUCAGAUGUUCAAAACCGGGUGCUGCAAGCUGCUGCAAAGCACGAAUCCCAACCAUCCGAAACUGGAGUUCAGAAUCCAUCACCCAAUUCGGUGGCGCCAUUAAAUGAGAAUGCAGAUCUCUCAGAAGCAUAGGCAUCGAGGAGGAAUUUACUGGUUUGUGGCACAUCAAUCUGAGAACUUAACCGAGCUGUACAUAUAAAGAAAAAGAAUCAUUCUACCUAUGUCUACCGAUGCUGACCUCUUAGAGAACAAAUUUUGUAUGUUAAUACCAGAUAAAUGAACAAGUUCUUGUACAUUUCUCUAA